UAAAAAGAGACAAUAAAAAUCAAAAUGUUGAAAUUAUCGAUUGCCGUUUUCCUUUGUUUGGCAUGCACUUGUUUUGCCCAAAAACAAAAUACAACGCCAGUGCCAAUUUUAAAGCAGAUUAAUCGUCAUAAUGAGGAUGGAUCUUAUAGUUAUGGUUAUGAAGCAGCUGAUGGUAGUUUCAAAAUUGAAACAAAAUCAGCAACAGGUGAAGUAAAGGGUAAAUACGGAUACGUCGAUUCUGACGGAAAUGUGCGUGAAAUUUCAUACGGAGCUGACAGAAAUGGAUUCGCCCCAACUGGAACCGACAUCAAUGUCCCACCAGCAACUAUCCAUAAUGAUCGCGAUUCACAAUAUCCAGCAUUAAAGAACGGCGAAAUUGAUGAUGGACAAUACCGUGAAGAUCCAAAUGUCUACCUAGACUCACGUUAUAACUCUAAACCAAGCAAGGCAGCAACCCAAUUUAAGCAAUUCAAACCUGCACCAGCACCUGCACAAAAUUAUAACUAUAAUAAUUAUCAAACAACACCAGCUCCAGUCUAUGAAGCUCCACAAACUCAAAGACCAGUCUUCCAAAGUAAAUUCUCAUCACCAACUCAUAACUAUUUCCAAUCACAACAGCAAUCGUAUCAAGCACCUCAACAACAAACCUAUCAAGCACCCCAACAAAACUACUAUCAAGCACCUCAAUCAAAUUACUAUCAAGCACCUCAACAGAACUAUUAUCAACCAAGGAAUAACUACAAUUCAGCCCAACAUGACAUUUUCCAAGGACAUCCAGCAUCCAAUAUCGACAUUAAUACAGGAUCUUAUUCAGUGAGCUAUAGCGGAUAAGGAACAACUGACUAGAACUGUUAAUUAUUAAGAGAUAACAAUUCUCAUGUUGAAAUUUACUGCCAAAUAAUAUUAAUUUUAUUAGAGUUUCCUGUUCAUUUCCCAGUCUACAUAUAUAUCCUCCUCAUGAUUGAAUACCAUAUCAAUGUCAUUUCUACUGCCAU